CAGAGUAUCUGCCAAGCACGAGCUGCUGUAAUGGUCUAUGAUGAUGCCAAUAAGAAAUGGGUACCAGCUGGUGGAUCAACCGGAUUCAGCCGAGUUCACAUCUAUCAUCACACAGGCAACAACACAUUCAGAGUAGUGGGCAGGAAGAUUCAGGAUCAUCAGGUGGUAAUAAAUUGUGCCAUUCCAAAAGGGCUGAAGUACAAUCAGGCUACACAGACCUUCCACCAGUGGCGUGAUGCUAGGCAGGUGUACGGUCUGAAUUUUGGCAGCAAAGAAGAUGCCAAUGUCUUUGCAAGUGCCAUGAUGCAUGCCUUAGAAGUAUUAAAUUCACAGGAAGCUGUGUUCUAUUUAGGUCCUACAUUGCCUCGACAGAAUUCACAGCUUCCCUCUCAAGUACAAAAUGGUCCAUCACAAGAAGAGAUGGAAAUCCAGAGAAGACAGUUGCAAGAACAACAGAGGCAGAAGGAGCUGGAGCGGGAGAGGCUGGACCGUGAACGGAUGGAACGGGAGAGGCUGGAGAGAGAGAGGCUAGAAAGGGAAAGACUGGAAAGAGAGCGCCUGGAGCAGGAGCAGCUGGAGAGAGAACGGCAAGAGAGGGAGCGGCAAGAGCGCCUGGAAAGGGAGAGACAAGAGAAGGAGAGGCAGGACCGGGAGAGGCUCGAGCGCCUCGAGCGGGAGAGGCAAGAGAGAGAGCGGCAAGAACAGUUGGAAAGGGAACAGCUGGAAUGGGAAAGAGAGAGAAGAGUUUCAAAUGCUGCUCCAUCUUUCGACAACUCCCCGUAUAGCACUCCACUUCCUGAAUACUCCAGUUGCCAGCCUCCUUCAGCACCUCCUCCAUCAUAUGCAAAAGCAGUCUCAGCGCCAAUGGCAGAGGCCACACCGGAGUACGCUGUAGUGACUUCUGCACCACCGACCUCCACUCCCCCUACACCGCCUCUAAGGCACUCUGCAUCACGUUUUGCUACAUCCCUAGGCUCAGCUUUCCACCCCGUCCUCCCCCAUUACGCUACGGUUCCUCGUCCGCUGAACAAAAGUUCUCGGCCCCCCUCUCCCGUCAGUGCCGCGGCGACUUUGCCUCCCAGCACAAAGCCCGCCGCCUGGUCCGUGCCCACUUUCGCCCCCCUGCCCCCGUCUCCUCCAGUCAUGAUAAGCAGCCCACCAGGCAAAGCUGCUGGCCCAAGACCUGUCCUCCCGGUGUCGGCUUCCAACCCGGUGACCCAAAUGUCCACGUCUCCCACGGCUCCUAACGGGCUUCCUGAAAACCUGGCUUAUGCGGUUCCUUCACCUUCUACCUCAGGUCCAACGCCGCCUCCGCCACCUCCUCCCCCCCCACUGCCUUCCUUUCCACCUCUGUCACUCUCUGGACCUCAAGCUUCUCCUUCUCCCAACUCCCCGAAUGCCUCGACUCCCUCAUCCAAGCCUAGUGUUCUCCCUUCUCCCUCUGCAGCUACCCCUGCCUCUGUUGAGAACUCUCUAAACUCUGUGCUGGGAGACUCCUCUGCUUCUGAGCCAGUCUUGCAGGCAGCCUCUCAGCCGGUUGAAGCUCCGACCCAGCAGGGUGUUGUCCAAGGACCACCUGCACCUCCUCCUCCACCUCCCCUGCCCCCCGGCCCGGCUCAGCCCGCAGUGGCAGCCCCACCUCCUCCUGGCCCCCCCCCCCCCCCCCCCCCCCCCCCCCCCCCCCCCCCCCCCCCCCCCCCCCCCCCCCCCCCCCCCCCCCCCCCCCCCCCCCCCCUUCCGCUGCCGCCUCCCGCGCCCCCGCUGCCGGCCGCCGGCUUCUCCGCGGGCUUCGUGGCCGAGGAUAACCGCCCCUUAACUGGACUGGCCGCUGCCCUGGCCGGAGCCAAGCUUAGGAAGGUCUCACGGGGUGAAGACUCCUCCAGUUCGAGUGGAGGAGGAGGAGGCUCUGCUUCAUCCAAAACAGAUGGUGGCCGUGGAAAUGGACCCCUUCCCUUGGGAGGCAGUGGGUUGAUGGAAGAAAUGAGCGCCCUGCUGGCCAGGAGGAGAAGAAUUGCUGAAAAGGGAUCAACAGAACCAGAGCAAAAAGAAGAUAAAGCUGAAGAAUCAGAGUCUUCAUCUUCUAAGGUUUCUUCAACAAGCACACCUGAACUAACAAGAAAGCCUUGGGAAAGAACAAAUACAGUGAAUGGAAGCAAGUCACCUGUUAUUUCCAGACGGGAAUCUCCAUGGAAAAAUCUGCUUGCUUCUGAAAACAGGUUCUAUGAUUCAUUAAACAGACCAAAAUCUACACCAACGGGACAGCCCAGUGCCAACGGAGUACAGUCAGAAGGUCUAGAUUAUGACAGAUUGAAGCAGGACAUUUUAGAUGAAAUGAGGAAGGAGUUAACGAAAUUAAAGGAAGAACUCAUUGAUGCUAUCAGGCAGGAACUCAGCAAGUCCAAUACUGCAUAGAAAGACUCGUACUAAGCUGAUGUGACUCUUUAACUUGAUAUAAAACUGACUACGUUUUGUGAGCUGUUAGAAGAAAACGGAGACAGACAGACACUUGGAAGGAGGGAGAAACAACCUAUUCUGAAAAGCUUCAGAUACGUCACUCUGGUGAUAAUGCUAUUCCCCUCCUAGUUUGCAGCUUUUUUUCUGACCUUUACAGCAGGGUGGAAAAGACUCUUAAAGUUACUGUAAUGAUUAUGCAGAAAUUCCUACAUCUAUCAGACAAGAUCACAGUGCUUUGAAGUCUACUCAUGUCAAGAUAAAAUUGCACAUGUUUCAGAAUUUGUUGUUAAGACAAAAAAAAAAAAAACAGGGAAAAGCUUGGGAAGGCUUUUCAGAGAGGUUUUCUUUAUUAAUGAAGGAGUUAGCAAGUUAUACUGUUGUACUUCAAAUGUAUCUCAGGUUUGUCUUCCUAUCAUAUCUGAUAUUUCCAUGAGUAAUUUAAGAGAUCAGAUGUGUAAAGGUUGGGUUCACAAGACAAGGAGCAAUUAGAGACGAGUGCUUUUAAAGGGCAAUAUUUGUAAGUAAGGGUGACCUAGACGGUGAUGAACAUAUCAAGAUUUUGGAAUUUUAUGAUAGGAAGCCUCUCUAGUUAGCCUUCAUGCAAUUUUCUAGGAAAAUAAAAAGAAAAAAAAAGCAAAUACAGUCCAGAGUUUAAAGAUGUAGAUGCCUUCCUACAUUGUUACGAUGCUUUACCAAAUCUAAGACUUCGACAUAAAGCGAAUCAGCAGUCAAAUGUAAAUCAUUAGUAUGUUGUAGAUUUACAGUAGAUUUUGGGGCUUUUUUUAGAUUUAUGCAUGUGGACAUUUUGUAAUGUAACACAACACAGCCAGCUUUUUAAUUAAAAGAAAAAUUGCAUGUCACAGAGUAGCCUUUUCAUUUGUAAGGCUUAAUUAAUGCCCAGAAAGAUGUGGGAAGAGGGAGGGGGAAGGUGACACAUUUUUAUUACUUUCUACACUUUUUCUUCAUCUUACAUGCAUGUGUAAUAAUGAGGAAAACAUGACUUUUAUCAGUAACCAUGUUAAUGGAACCAGGUACUUGAUCCUUUUGUAUCUUUUUUCAGUUUUCUAUUUGAAAUUCAGUAAUAACUUCCAGUAAUGGUUCUGAAACUCCCAGGUGAACUGAACUCGUUUCUCGGUGAGAGAAAAAAUGUUGUAGGCAUCUGACUUGCUGAGGAUGCCCCUGUGUAAGUGCAUUGUCCUUCACCUUUUCACCAUGGCUCUCUGCUUCACUCUUUUCUGAGACUCCUUUUUUUUUUUUGGUUGUUUAAUGAAACAGAACAGCAGUAGUUACCUGAGAACAAUCAGGUCACAGUAAAUGGCCCCAUUCUCCUCCUGAUUUAUCUGCCACUCUCCUUUCCAAAAAAACUCAAAACCAACAAAAACCCCCACAGCUCCACAUGACAAACACUGAAAAAAACCAGCAGUGAUAUGCUGUUGGUUUUGCUCAACAAUUUGAGAAUCGUUGUUAGGGGAGGUGAUACCUCUCUCUUUCCCAGGGUUUUCAAUUUUGAGUGUAAAUUUUUUAUUUUUAUAAUGUGGUAAAGUUCAGUGGAACAGAAAUUCUGCAAAUCGGCUUUGUAGUGCUUUGGACAAGGAAUAUGGAUCAAAAUCUUCCCUUUUCCUUUGCACUGUCCAUUUUUUCAAGCCGUGUUUGCUUUGGAAUCUGUGCUGAUCCAGAAGAAAAGUUUACUUACAGCUUGUGGAGAGAGUUGCUUACAAGUACAGGCAGCUCCAUUCAUGACACAGAUGCUUUCAAUAACAGACUGUCUAGAGUGCUGAACACCAAAGCAAAACAGCACUUAACAGCUUCAGAAAGGCUUAAACAGGAAAUUUUUCUCCCAUUCAAACAUUGCCUAAUCUUAUAGGUUCAGAUUCUAAGGGAAGACGACAGUGGAAAUAUUGCCUAACUCCUUUUUUUUUUUU